AUGACUGGGUCAAUAGAGGAGAUUCCCUUGGAAGAAUUGUGGAAGUUCUUCUCAGCCACAAACAACGAGGCCGAAUACGAAGCCUUGCUGUUGGGAUUAGGAAUAUGCCUCGCUUUUGGAGCCAUAAAAGUUGUCGCAUACACGGACUCGCAGCUGAUAGCGGGACAGGUGAAUGGUGAUUACGAAGCCAAGGAUGACAGCAUAAAAAUGUACCUUGUAAAGGUAAAGGAAGCAAUGGCGAAAUUCCACUCGGUAGUCCUACUUCACAUACCCCAAUUAAAAAAUGCACAGGCCGAUGCUCUUUUAAGAUUGGCUAGUUCAACCGUAAGCGAUGAGCCAAGGAAUAUAGUCUGGGAAGUUUUACCUUGUCCUAGCAUCAACACCUUCGUGGGAGGAGUGAAUCGGACUAACUCAUGGAUGGAUCCAUACAUUGUACUCCUGAGAGACGGACAACUGCCAGAGGACCCUGAGUUAGGGCCGAUUAUUGCAAAAAAGGCGAAUUGGUUUGAAUGGUAUAAUGGGCCGUUGUAUAAGAAUUCUUACACCCAUCCCCUCCUCAAAUGCGUAACACCAACUGAAGGAAACUACAUCCUAUGUGAGAUACAUGAGCGGGCAUGUGGUACUCAUGAAGGGAUUUGGACUCUGAUUGGGAAGGUUAUGAGGAGCGGAUAUUAUUGGCCUAGCAUCAAGGCCGAUGCCGAAAACUUGGUUAAAACUUGUGAAAAAUGUCCCUUCCCUCCAGCAAAUGGACAACAAAGAUUUGUCUUGGUGGCCAUAGACUAUUUCACAAAAUAUGUCGAAGCCGAAGCCCUCAGCACUAUCACGGACAAGCAAACAAAUGGGCAAGUUGAAUCCGAAAGCAAAACAAUACUUAACGGUAUCAAGAAGAAACUAGAAGGGAGCCGUCGCAAUUGGGUGGAAGAACUACUCGGCGUAUUGUGGGCUAGUCGGACAACUGUCAAAGAAGCCACGAGUCAUACACCAUUCUCAUUAGUAUUUGGUGCUGAAGCUGUUCUCCCAGUCGAAGUUGGCAUCCCUUCCACAAGGGUAACUUACUAUGAUCAAUACAACAAUGACCAAGAUAAGCCGAUAAAGCUCGACUUACUACCGGAGAUGAGGGGUAACGCUCUUCUCAAAGCCCUCGCGCAACAACAAAGAAUGACGAGGCAGUUUAACAAGCUGGUGAAGCCGAGGCAAUUUCAAGUGGGAGAUCUCGUACUAAGAAAAGUUGAAGCAACAAGCAAGAUAGUCGAGAAAGGAAAACUGGGAAGAAACUGGGACAGACCUUUUAAGGUCACUCGAAUAAUUAGACUGGGAACGUAUGAGCUGGAGCACAACGAAAAGGUCCUACCAAGAUCCUGGAACCCGGACCAUCUGAAGAAGUUCUAUGUCUAA